AUGCUUUCAUAUGCACCUGCUAAUAUUUAUCAUCCAGACCGGUACUCGACUGCCCUGAACCAGAACAAAGAGUGGGCAACCAAGACAGCCCAGGAACAGCCAGACCUUUUCCCGACCCUUGCAACAGGCCAACAUCCUGAGAUCCUCUGGAUCGGAUGCUCUGAUUCGCGAUGCCCUGAAACGACACUCCUUGGCCUGAAGCCUGGUGAUGUAUUUGUGCACAGAAAUAUCGCGAACAUCCUUCACCCUGCUGAUCUCAGCUCAUCGGCUGUCAUUGAAUAUGCUGUUGAUCAUCUCAAAGUCAAGCACAUUGUCCUCUGUGGGCACACAAGCUGUGGAGGAGUGGCAGCGGCGCUAGGAAAUAAGCAGUUGGGUAUCUUGGACCCGUGGCUUCUCCCAUUGCGACAGAUCCGGGAAGAGCAUCUGAAUGUCCUCCGAUCACUCUCGCCUCAGGAGCAGGGCUUGAAACUCUCGGAAUGGAAUGUCUUGGCUGGAGUCAAGACACUGAAGCAGAAGAGCGUUGUUCUCGAGGCGAUUCAGGAACGUGGGCUGCAGAUCCAUGGUGUGAUCUACGACGUGGCUAGUGGGAUUCUGAGGGAGCUGGAAACGGGCGAACCAGAGGAGGUGAGCAAGGCGCGUCUGGCGUCAUUCAAAUUGGAGGCAUGA